AUGGCCCUGUUCACACCUCUGAUCAUGGUUUCACCAAUCCAGCAACUACUACUCUCUACUUGUGCCGGCAUUCUCGUCUUGCUCAGCCUCUCAUUCUUUCGGCUCGUCCUCGUGCUCCGCCGGAAGCCAAUCACUCAACGACCUCCGCCCUCAUUGAGGAACCCAACCUAUUUGUUAGUUGUCCUCGGAUCGGGAGGCCACACCGCAGAGAUGCUCAACAUUCUGAGACAAUACCAUCGGUUGCAGCUGGACUUCACCAAGCGGACCUACGUCGUGAGCUCGGGAGAUGAUUUCUCGGUGUCGAAAGCAAGAGAAUUUGAGGCCGAGAUGUUGUCGGAUCUUAGAAAGUCUCUGUCCUUGUCUGUCUCCGAAGAGGCUGCCUCAAACUACAAUGUGGUUACGGUCCACCGCGCCCGACGUGUUCAUCAGUCGCUGUUCACUGCUUCCAUUUCAAGCCUUCAAUGUCUGCGGGAUUGCCUCGGCGUCCUUCGUGGCACACAUGGAGAUUUCCAAUCACAACCUGGAGGCAAGGCUCCGCCGUCCUAUCCUGACUUGAUACUGACUAAUGGGCCUGGGACCGGAGUGAUCGUCUUCCUUGCCUCUGUCAUCCUCUUAUUCUUCGGCAUCUCAGGCCCCUCCGCACCGCUCCCUGGCUUUGGGGGGCAGGUUUCUCGAUCCGGACAAAUGCGUACCAUCUUCAUCGAGUCCUGGGCCCGCGUGAAAACGCUCAGUUUGAGCGGGGGGUUGUUGAGGCCGUUUGUGCACCGGUUUCUCGUGCAGUGGCCUCAGCUCGCCGAGCAGCAGGGAAUUGUCAGGAACGUGGAGUACGUAGGGGGUCUGGUCGCUUGA